AUGGAUAAGAAUGUCUCUACAAAACUCAAAAAUUUUGAAACAGUGAAUUGGUUGAAAAACAGAUUUAAGAAUUAGGUUAGAGAUAAAUAUAUUUUAAAUGACAAAGAACUCAAGGAACAAAUUAUGAUGAAAGCUGUUUUCAAAUCUAUUGAUAGAGAUAAAUCAAGUUUCAUUUUAUUCUUUCACCUUAUUUUUAGAAUUCUUAGAUAGGUAAGAACUCUAUGAUAUGUUCAAACGAUAUGGCAUUAACAUAACCAAGACUAAACUGAAAGAAUUCUUUAAAAGAAUCGAUUAAGAUGAAGAUGGUAAACACAUCAUUUAUCUCAGACAAACUCAAUUGGACUGACUUCAAAUAAGCCUUGCAAAACUAAGAAGCACUGUAAAGUAAACUUUACAUCUUAAAUAAAUAGUGUUUGCCGAACUCAUGAGAAAAAUAAAGGAGUCUACAGAAAAGAAAGGAAAAAAUGAUGCAUUAAACUUUAUCCCAUUGAGCUUUCCAAAUAUGAUACAAUACAUGAAUUACUGUGUAUUGAGAGAAGAACUUAUACAAAAGAUAAAUUCUAAUUCGUUGAAUACUUAGUAGAAAGUUAAGCAAUGCAAAAAUCUCUUGUCUUUAGAGGAUAUCUGUUACAAUAAGGUAGUUGAAUUAAAAGACGAUGAAGAUGAUGAAAUUGAAGAAGCUGAUUUUAUUAAGUCUGCUAAAAAAUCUAAUGAUUAUCAAUAAAUUGCUAUUUUAAAAAGGUUACAGGAAAAAGAAUAAAUAGAAUAACGCUAGGUAAUUGUUACUAAUAUCAAUUAGAGUCGUAUUAGAAAAUUAAGUACAUCACAGUAUUACAAAUCAGAAUCUGAUUAAACGAAUCGUUCUAUGAGAAGAAAGAGUAAGCAACUUAGCACUGAUAAGAAUUAAUAUGCUUAACCUGAAUUCAAAUUAUUUGAUUAAUUAGUAUCCGAAAAUUAGAAUGAACUACCACCCAUUCAUAGUGAUAACUAACAAAGAGUUCACAUUCCUAUGCUGAUGUCUGAAAGAAUCUAUGAAAGUGAUAAUCCUUACAAAUACAAUCAUAAAGUUAAGAAGUAUAAAAACGAUUCUUCUUCAACAGAAAUCCCAAAAGGACAACAUUUUACUACAUAGCAUCUUAUAGUAUUGAAUUAUAACUAUAAAUUUAAUAGAAUCUUAGAUCCCCAAUGAAAUUGUCAUUAAGAAAGAAUUGCCAUUCCCCAAAGAGAAUUAGAAUAAUAUCUUAAACGGAGUUAUCAAAACUAGCCAAUAAAAGUUGA